AGCAGAUAGCACGAGUUAAAGCAGUUUGCACACAAGUAACUUAACGCCCGUCCUGCUGUCUACAAUUACCACGGAGAGGCUCCCGUAUGACCAUAAAUACUCCUCAUUGAUGCCAUGUUAAGAGAGGGAUAAACAGGACAAGGCCAGAUUAAGUGUAUUUGUGCGCACCAUUACAACAAUGAGUAAACAGGAUUCCUUGACAUCUUGCUUGGCCAAAAUGUACGAGAGCAAGUUUGACAAUGCUGCAGGGCCUGGAAAAUCUCCAACCAAGUCUCCGGGAGGGCUCAACGGCUUGGACAAGAAGCUCAACGUCCUCAACGAGAAGAUGGACAAACUGUUGCACAUCCAGGAAGAUGUCAUCGGCAAGCUGGCUUUGGUCCAUCAUGGCAUGGGCACGCUAGAAAGAGGAAUGGACAAGUUAUCGGCACUCCACGGGCCUAACCCCGGAGACGUAGAGGGAUGCGACCCAAGAGGUGAUGGCCAGCAGGUCAGCGGCCCAGGAGCCUUCCACGAAUUUGUGAACUUGCUGAAGAUACUGCACAAGGAUUCCCUCAUCCAGCAGGAGAAACUGGACAGCCUGGAAAGAGUGGUCUCCACCGUGGACAAGGUUGUGGCGUUUGUGGGGAAAACGCUGAGGAAUUCGAAAAUCGUGGAUUUCAUUCUGAAGGGUACGGUGCCGUGGCGGAGAGAGGCGCAGGAAGAGGCUAAAGAUAAUUCUGAAGAGAAAGAAACCAAGCAAAAGCAUGCGUUCACCAGCAGAGAUUCACAGGCGGAGAUACAGAGAGCAGCAUCAGGUAAAGCUACCCACCGGAGCAAAUCCCAGGAAGAGAAGAGAAUCAGUCAGAAGACCGCUCCCUGUGGCAGCCCUCACAGCAAAGCCAACUGUACAGGUGGUCAGUCUCCUCUAGAAACAUCCCAGCACCUCAGCAGCCCUGAUAGCUCCAAACCAUGGACACAGAAGGUGGCAGGGGAAAGGCCUGAGGAGAAAAGUACUCAAACAGAUCCCCAGCAUAUCCAACCUUCUCAUAACCCUUCCACAGAGCAGGAUACCAGGCCGCCUGAGGAACCUAAGGAGAUACUAGGAGAACCUGGGGGAGAUCGCAGUUAUGUCACUAGAAAUCCUGCCUCAAUAUCUCCCCCUGGUGCAGAGGACCAACCACCAAGGGAAGGUGCUGGUGCCCCGGCGGGUAAGGUACAGGUCAGCAGCCCGGUAGCAGGAAAUGCACCAGUACAGCACAAGAUCGGACCAGAGCCGGUAUGCCAGAGAGUGGACGUUAUGGGUAAGGACAAGCAGGCGUCCUCUGCUACAAAAGCUGAGGAGCUUCAGACAGUUGGCGGCCAGGUGUCUAUUCCACAGCAGAAGACGGGAGGCACGGACGUGGAACGAGGAGACUUGAGAGGAGAUGAUGAAGAAACAGACUGUGGAAAGAAGGGAGCAGCAAAGCACCAGAAGGGAGAAGUGAUUGAGAAGGACUGUGACCGCAGCCAGGCUCCAGGUCAAUCCUUUACCUCCGAUUUACCAAGUGGCUCAACGGAAUUGCUGGAAGCCUCCUCCCUACAUAUCAUUGAUGACUGUCCCCCCCCGCCUGCACCUUUCAAUCACCGGAUAGUGAGCAUCAAGCAGGCCAUCUUAUCGUCCUGUUAUAAGGUUUGCCAGCACGAAGUCCUGGGAGGGGGGCGUUUUGGGCAAGUUCACAAGUGUAUUGAGAUAACGUCCGGACUUCGCCUGGCAGCCAAAAUCAUCAAAGUGAAAGGGCCCAAGGAUAGGGAAGAGGUGAAGAAUGAAAUUAAUGUGAUGAACCAGUUAAAUCACGUCAACCUGAUCCAAUUAUAUGACGCCUUUGAGUGCAAGAACGACCUCACCUUGAUCAUGGAAUAUCUGGAUGGCGGAGAAUUAUUUGACAGGAUAACGGACGAUGACUACAACCUCACUGAGCUGGAUGCUAUAAUGUUCACCAAGCAGAUCUGUGAAGGGAUAUACUACCUGCACCAGCAGUACAUUCUACAUCUGGACCUCAAGCCUGAGAAUAUUCUGUGUGUCAGUCGUACUGGAAACCAGAUAAAGAUAAUUGACUUUGGAUUGGCAAGAAGGUACAAGCCGCGAGAGAAGCUGAAGGUGAAUUUUGGUACGCCGGAGUUUUUGGCCCCAGAAGUGGUGAAUUACGAUUUUGUGUCCUUCCCUACCGACAUGUGGAGCGUGGGCGUCAUUACUUACAUGUUACUUAGCGGCCUGUCUCCAUUUCUGGGAGAAAGCGACGCGGAGACCAUGAAUUACAUCGUCAACUGCAACUGGGACUUCGACUCCGAGACGUUUGCUCAAGUGUCAGAAGAAGCCAAAGAUUUUAUUUCCAGACUUUUGGUCAAGGAAAAGAGUGGCAGGCUAAGCGCUGGACAGUGUCUGAAACACGAAUGGCUGGUCAACAUGCCUUUGAAAGCCAAAAAACACAAAGUUCGCCUCAAGUCCCAGAUUCUACUUCAAAAAUACAUGGCACAGAAGAAAUGGAAGAAAUAUUUCUAUAUUGUGACUGCUGCCAAUCGCCUGAGGAAGUUCCAAAUGCUGUCCCUCAAACCCUCAUAGAGCUGGAGAAGACCAUCUGUAUAUAGUACAUGGACUGAAAGUACAGUCACCUGGCCACUGAAUGACACAGAGGACUGUAAGACUUACACCAUAGACACGUGGACACUCAAAGUACCGAUACAGCCACGGGGACACAAUCUAAGUGUUCCGUUAUAGUAUAUGUUUGUACAUAGAUAUUUUCAGGAGGUCAUGCCUUGGUCUUCUAGAUUUUCCUAUUUUCCCUCAGCCCCAACUCUUCUCCAAUCAUAGUGACUUUCCAAAUCCAGGAAAAUAUGGCACUGGUACAUUUACACUUAAAUGCAUUCUCAUGUUACAGUUUAGAAAACAAUAUUCUGCUUUUCAUUCUCCCUAAGAUAGAUGGACAUGGUCUUACAGUCUGACUGGGGCAUUGUAGCCAUCUUCAAGAAUUUUACAAAUACAUUUUGGAAGUUUCUCAACAGUCUUAAGUACCCAAACAGAUUUCUGUCUUUUUUUUUUUCAUUUCGGUAUAGGAGAAUAUGUGGGCAAUUUACUGGCCCAACCAAUUAGAUUAAUUAAACAAGGGCCUGGUGGGUGGAGAUGGUUGAGAAGCUCUAGAAUGCGCAACAGGUCUAGCACUAUAGUACAGUAUGUCAACCAGGGAACCUCUGAAUAAAUACUUAAGAAGUACACCAGUGUGCGACAUGCAUGUGUGUUUAAAGGGUAUUUACAUAAAAAUUGUUUUAUGUUUUGGUUAAGGGAAAUCCUUAUGUUGGGUAACGCAACUUACCGAUAUAACACCUGAUAUUUGAAUACUGCCUGAAAUCAGCCAUGGAAAACUCUGAAUUUUGCUGCCAUUUGUUACAUUGUGAAAAUCGGACACUCCUUACCGAUAGCUGUAAGCAUGGAUAGAUAUCAGUAACUGUUUCCAUGGUUACAGAUAUCGCUAAAGAGUGUCAGAUAUUUACGUGUCAGUCUUUAAGCGCUGAUUUCGGGCAGAUUGAUUCCAGUAAGUUGUGGUUCCCAUCAGAAGUAUUUUAUGUAAGUCAAAUAUUUUAAUUUUAAUGUUUGAGUGGAGCACUCCUUUAUUUCUGCUCCACGUGUCGGCAGUUCUGGUUGUAUGACAUGCGCUACGGAAUGAAGUUCCGGCUCUCUGAAGCAUUCACAUAACUGAAGGUAAAUUUAAAUAAAUGGUGCAAAUUGCUGCAUCUCUGCGGUAACUCUCACAGGUGGGCUGUCACUAGGGUCUUAUCCAGCCUCUAUCGAUCGUUUAUUGGAGUAACUUUGACUUUAUAGGUUAUAUUGGACAUUGUGAGUUGUGUGACUGUGAAUAUGAUUUGGUGAUUACAAUAUGUGAUUUGUAAAUGAAAUAAAUAGAUACAACAGAAUAA